AUGGAGACGGGCCCUGAUGCCGCCGUUGCGCGUCGCGUGGUGAAGAAGAUUGAUCGAGUCAUCAUCCCCCUGCUGUUUGUUACUUAUAUGUUCAACUUUAUGGACAAAGUCAUUUUGUCGAGCGCCGCUGUGUUUGGGUUGCGCGAUGAUACGCACCUUAUAGGACAACAGUACAGCUGGGUUAGCAGCAUCUUCUAUUUUGGCUAUCUCAUCUGGGAGUAUCCCACCACUCUCCUCAUCGCCCGGCUCCCUACCGCCAAGUAUCUCACCUUCAACACUCUCGUAUGGGGUGCAGUUGUUGCUCUGACAGCAGCAUGCACCAACUUUGGUGGCCUUAUGGCCGUGCGGUUUCUGCUGGGCAUGGCAGAGGCCACAAUCACCCCGGCCUUUAUGUUCCUGACGUCGACAUGGUAUACUCGAGAUGAGAUGCCGACACGCGUGGGCAUUUGGUUUGCUGGCAACUCCAUUGGAGGCAUCAUAUCCAGCCUGAUUGCCUUCGGCCUGGGGCAUGUCAAGGAUGAUGUGCAUCCGUGGCGGUGGAUGUACAUCACCCUCGGCGUCGCGACGUUUCUCUGGAGCAUCCCCAUGUUCUUCCUUCUCCCAGACAGCAUCUCCAAGGCGAAGUUCCUGACGCCUGAGGAGCGCCAGAUUGCAGCUGAUCGCACGGUCAUUGCCGGCACGGGAACUACCGAAAACACACACUGGAAAUGGGACCAGAUGGUCGAGUGUCUCAUCGACCCAAAGACUUGGCUUAUCUUUCUCAUCGAGCUCGUCGGCCAGAUGCCCAACAGCGGCACCCAGAGCUUCUCGAACAUCAUCAUCGCCUCCUUCAACUUCACCUCGUUGCAGUCCACUCUCAUCAACAUCCCUUACUCGGUGAUAUCAGCAAGUGUUAUUGCGGGCACUGGAUGGCUUGCUGGCCGCUAUCGUACCCUAAACUGUCUGCUCAUCGUCGCUGUCCUCAUCCCCUGUGUUGUCGGUUCCGCUGUUAUCUAUCGCCGCGACAGCGUGCCUCAUGGUGUACAGCUAUUUGCCUACUUUCUCCUUUCUCCUGGCCCCGCGGCAAUGCCCCUAACGAUGGCGCUUGUCCAGUCCAACUACCGUGGUGUCACCAAGAAGAUGACUGUUACGGCUAUGCUAUUCCUAGCGUAUUGUGCCGGCAACAUUUCUGGGCCUCAAUUCUUCCGCGCAGCUGAAGCACCAACAUAUCAGACUGCUUUCAAGACUAUCAUGAUUUGCUACUGCAUUGUUAUUGCCUUGGCUGUGACCUUAAGGUUCUACCUGCAAUGGGUAAAUACGAAGCGUACGAGGGAAGAGGGCUUUGUUGGAAAUGCCGGUGCGGCUGGCGCAGUGGCCGAUGGCAAAGUGUCUGAUGUAUUGGACGGCAAAGAUAUUGCCCAGGCGGUCACAGAGAUUCAACUGAGGCCGGAGGAUUACGAAGAUGUGACGGACUGGAAGACAGUCGGUUUUAGGUAUCGUCUAUAG